AUGCUGAAGCUAUCAAACCACGAAAUUGAGACGCUUGGUCAGCUAUCGAAUCUGGAGCAUGUAAACCGUUUAGACCUAUCUGGUAAUAAACUAAAAUCGAGUCUUGAAACAUUAACAGGAUUAACCUACUUAAAUCUGAGCAGUAAUGAACUUUCUGGGAAGGGUAUUCGUGGAAUAUUAUCAUUGGAGCAGCUCGUCUUUUUAAAUCUUGGGAAUAACCGAAUUGGUAUGCUUCCUGAUUUUGCGUUUGCCAAGAUGAUUCACUUGAAAUGCUUACUUCUGAACGGAAACAAGCUCGAGUCGUUUGCUUUUGCGAGCCUUCUUACUGAAUUGAACACGUUGGUUCUCUCAAACAACAACAUUGAAUCGAUUCCCGAAGAUGCCUUCAAGAAUCUGACUUCGUUACGAAAAUUGUCCUUGGGGCAUAACAAGCUACGUGAGUUUCCUCCAGUGUUCCAGCUUCCCUCCCUGAAAGAGUUGAAUCUCAACGGCAACAAAAUCUCUUCCAUCCCCGAUGCAAUUUCUCAGUUGAGCCAUCUCACCCUUCUGGAUAUCGGAAGCAAUCUGAUAGAAAACGUCGAAUCCUUAGCGAUUCUGAGUUCUCUCCCGUUCCUAUCAAAGUUGAAUGUGGCUCAGAAUACGUUCUACGGAGAAGGCUAUCAAGAGCAGGUCUGGCUCUGGGAAAGGAGCGAAAAGAAUCUCGCAAACGCCAUUUUGAUGAGAAGCAUCCCAACCUGA